AUGGUGACCACCAGGAGCAGAGACGGAAACAAUACAGACCCUAUGGAGCAAAUGAGGCGACUUCAAGACCAGUUGGAACGACAGAAUCAACUCAUACUACAACAACAGGAAGCCUAUCUAAAGAUCACAGAGGAACUUAAACAACUCAAGGAGAAACAGCGAGAUGCAACAGAUGACCACAGCCGGAAUGAUGAUGAAGACCAUACGGCACAGAACAGAGAACCUCCUCGCUCACCGAACCUGCUACCUUUCACGGAGGCUAUCAUGCAGGCUCCUAUGCCCGACCGGCCCCCUCCGCAGAUAGAAAAAUUUGAUGGAACAACCGACCCAGAACAUCACCUCCGAAGCUUCCUGGAUUCAAUGGCCUUUUAUUUCAAUGACGAUCCGGUCAAAUGCCGAGCGUUUUCCCUAUCCCUGAAGGGAGAAGCUCUUGAAUGGUACUAUGCUCUCCCUCCUAACUCCAAUGAUAGUUUCCGUACGUUUGCCGGGCUGUUGAAGAGGCAAUACGUAUCUAACCGAAAAGAGGCAACUACAGCGGCCGAACUCGUCAAUCUCAGACAGGAGAAAGACGAGCCACUUAGAAAAUUCAUGCACCGAUACACUGAAGUAGCAAGAAGAGUAAAGGGGGUAAGUCAUGAGUUCAUCAUCACUAGUUUACCUAACUGCCUGAAGCCGGGUUACGUCUCAGAAUCACUGUACGCCAAGUUGCCUAAAACCAUGGAGGAGCUGCAAGAAAAAAUGAACAAAUUUAUUAAGAUGGAGGACCAGCGGCAUUUCCGCCGGAAAACGGACGCUGCCACAGCCGAGACAAAACAGGAAGGGAGACGAUCACGGGAUAAAAACCGUAAUCACAAACCGCCGCAAAAACCCGCCCCUACUCCUUACAAUCCUCAAUACAACAGGUAUGCCCCUCUUACGGCCUCGAGGGAGAAAGUAUUCGAGAAAGCCCUACAGGCCAAUCUAAUUGCCGCCGCCAGACGGGGGACUCCGGAUGCCGCGGACGGAGCCAAGGUUUGCAGAUAUCACGGCAACCAGGGGCACACCACAGAAGAAUGCCGGGCCCUCAAAGACAGAAUUGAAAAGUUGAUUCGGGAAGGACAUUUGCAGGAAUUUGUCCGAACAGACGUGCGCCGGCGAGACCGGUCGCCUAAGGAGACCAGAAGAAGUCCCGAGUAUACCAGAAGAAAUUCCGAGCGUUCUCGUGAUCAACACCGCAAACACUCUCGCAGUAGACCUCAGAAGCGCGACCCCACUCCGCGGGGACGGAUCGACACCAUAUCGGGCGGUUUUGCGGGAGGAGGGGCCUCGUCCUCAGCCCGCAAAAGGCACGCGAGAAGUUUACGAAGUGUUCACAACAUCGCCCGUAACCCUUUAUCGAUGUCAGACAUCAUCUUCACAGACGAAGAUUUUCAUGCUCCCGACCCCGAUUAG